AUGACGAAAAUACCUGUUUUUCUAUUAAAGACGAAGAGUGUGCCGAAUGAUGGGUAUGAGGAGAGGUUUGAGGAGGUAAGUUUUAAUGCAUUGAAGUAUGGACAAAGGGAAAUGAAGAGUGAGAGGGGUUUUGAACCCAUUUUUGUACCGGUUUUGGAACAUAGGUUUAUGGAAGAGGGGAUUAAGGUGGUUAAGAGGUUACUUAAGGAGAGGGAAGUUGGGAAAGAGGAGAGGAAGAGAUAUGGAGGGUUGAUUUUUACAAGUCAGAGGGCUGUGGAAUUGUUUGCUAAAUUGGUGGAGGAGGGGAGAGACGGGAAAGAUGUGGAUGAUAAAUGGCCUUAUCUCCAAGAUAUACCGAUAUACACUGUUGGACCAGCUACAUCUCGAGCUUUACGAUCGAUUCCUCAAAAUCCGCCAUUAAAUAUCUUUGGAGCCGAAACAGGAAAUGGAGAAGCAUUGGCACAUUAUAUGUUGGAACAUUAUGGAAAUUGGUAUAAAGAUCGUACAAUAAAACCAUCUCUGCUUUUCAUGGUCGGAGAACAGAGAAGAGAUAUCAUUCCUAAAACAUUAAUGGAUCCGAAUUUAUCAAACGAAAAGAGAAUUCAAGUCGAUGAACUGGUUGUUUAUGGUACUGGAGUGAUGGAAUCUUUCGAGGAGAACUUCACGAAUCUGUUGAAGGAGACUAAGGAUAGGGAUGUUAGAUGGGUAGUUGUAUUUUCGCCAACGGGUUGUGAAGCUAUGUUACGUUCUUUAGGGAUGUUGGGAUUCUCAAACUGGGGAAAGUAA